AUGACGAAAGGAACGUCAUCCUCUGGGAAACAUGACAAUAAGAUAUACACAUUGUGCCUCCGCUGUGGCUGUAAGGCCUACCACCUUCACAAGUCCACCUGUGGCGAAUUCGGCUACCCUGCCAAGCGCAAGAGAAAGUAUAACUGGAGUGCCAAGGCUGAGGUGAAACACUACGGGACUGGGCGGAUGAGGCACCUAAAAAUUGUCUGUCGAAGAUUCAGACAUGGAUUCCAUGAAGGGACAACACCUAAACCCAAGAGGGCAGCUGCUGCAGCAGCAUCCAGUUCAUCUUGA